GGCCUGCGUCUCCGCCCCGAGCCCGGCCCGCCGCUCCCCGCCGCCCGGCCUCAGACGCCGCCCCCCGGGGCCGCCCCGUCAAGGUCACGCCGGCCGGGGGCGGACUCGGGACCCGGACUCGCCGCGGCUUCGCGCCGGGGGCCCUGGACGGGUGCCCGGGGUCUGGGGGGUCCUUGCGCCCCCGCCGCCGCCUCCCGGCUUCCCGUCCUGGGGGACCCUGAAGGAGAGCCUGAGGGGUCCGGGGGGCCCCUCCGCCGCCUCCAGACUUCCUGGUCGGGGGAACCCCGAACGACAACCUCGGGGAGGUGUCCUGGGGCGCUCCUGCCGCCGCUUUCCGAUUGCGCGUCCUGAGGGACCCCGAAUGGGAGCCAGAGGGGUUCGGGGGCCCCCGCCGCCGCUUCCCGGCCGUGGCGGCCCCGAACGGGAACUUGGGGGGGCCUGGGGCGCCCUCGUUGCCGCCUGUAGGCUUCCUGGCCUGGGGGACCCCGAAUGAGAACCUGAGGGAGUCUGCGGGGAGUCCGGGGCGCCCUGGCCGCCGCAUCCCGGCUUCCUGGCCGGGGGACCCCGAACUGUGGCCUGGGGGGUGGUCCGGGGCGCCCCCAGCGCGCGCCCAAACUUGGCGGGCGGCGCACGUGGCGAGCCGAGCCGAGGGUUCCGGUUCUGCCACCGCCCAACUUAUCCCACUCGGGGCUCCCGGCUCCCCGCUCCCAUCCCACCCCCCCAGAGUGGUAAGGUUGGGAGGAGUUCGCAAACCCAGGGCCCGGGGGGCUCGGGUCAGCCGGGGCCUGCUAUGUUUACGUUGCCUCGGCGCCUCCCCGCCGGGGGUGGGCUUGAGCUGCGGAAGGAAGAGUCAGCGCUUCCGAGGCGGCGAUGGGCCGGCGGAUCUUUGCUGAGCCGAGGCGUCCCCUCCCGUAGGAGCCUGACCUGCUCCGGACCCCGCCGGGCCGGGAAACCUCAUUUCGCUGUGCCCAGGGGCUCGGCUCCAUUCUUUGGUAGGAGCGGCUCCUGCAGCAGCGACGUUGUUUUAGAGUUGCAUUCUUCGGCAAAACAGUCUGGGUUGGGUUUCCUAGUGGUCUGGUGUAAAUGUCUCGGUGCCCUUAGCUUUGAGCAGCGCCCUGUGUUCUCAGCGCUGGGCUUGGCUAGUGCAAGACCGGUUGCUGCUAGAGGGUUGCCUUGGCAGGCCCCUCUCCCACCAGCUACAGGUCACACUUGUGGAUGGGAAAUGCGUUUUGUGGGUUCUCCCCCUCCCCAGACAAAACAAAAGAGCACCUUCCGUUGGAGAACCGUGAUGAAAGCACUUAGCCCCUGCCUUGCCCGUGCUGUGAGUUCUCUCCAGGCACUUUGACUUGGCAGGGUCCGUGUGCCUGUGUGGGAGACAUUGCAGGGAUGGGCCUGAGCAGGGAGUCCACCGGCCACGGGGGAUGGAGCCAUCGACUUUGGGGUGAGGCAGGGAAAGGGCUCCCAGAUCGGGUACCUGGGUUAGGUCCAUUCAAGCCGCGGGUGAACGUGGGCCUGUUCCACCCAAGCCGUGGCUGUGAGGAGGCUGGAGAGAGGUGAGGGCUCCUGCCCCUUCCCUCCCUGCAUGGACACCCUUGGGAAGUGGGGCAGCUGGGGCUGGAGGGGUCCCACCCACAGCACAGAUAGGCUUGCAGGCCACCCGGACGCCACGGGCUGCGUGGAGGAGGACUGGAGUGCAUGGACCCUGCUCUCCUCCUCGGCUACCGGGAGUGUCCACUGCUUUCUAAGUCAGACUCCGUGGGCAAGAAGUGUUGCCACAGCUGCACCUCGCAUGGGAGACCAGCUUCUGUUCUAUGUGGAGUCCAGGGUCUACUCUGACUUCCUUGCUGUGUGGAGUUGUUAUGUGGGUGAAGUGCUUGUGACCCUGCGAAGCGCCCUCCUGGCAGGUCCCCUGCAGGUGCGGUGGGUGCCACGCGGGAGGGUGCUGAGCUUGGAUGGAAGCAGGCCUUCUCUGCAGCAGAUGGCGGCUCUCAGGACGCCAUGGGUCUGUGGUGUCCCUUAUCCACUGGGGGGGCUCGGCAGCCUGAGGAGCUGCCUCUUCCUGAUGCAGAGCCCUCACUGCUCACUGCCAUGGAGGAGGCAGGAGAUCCCGCCGGACCCCGCUUGGAGGGCUGGGCCUGGCGCGCGCGUGGGUGCGGGGUCAACGCCUCAGGAGACUUGGAGCUCGGCAGCCCCCUGUUCUGGGACACUUGUGGCCGUGCAGCUGCUGCCCUGGGAAGGGAAAGCAGGCAGGAUGGGAGAGUCGCCAAUAGAACCACCUCUUCCCUGCCUCCUGGGUUUGGGGGAAGCUUGAAUGACAUCUAAGGCCCCGUGCCUGGAUCUAGACUUCUACAUUCUUUUUCCUGGUUAUAAAAUACUUGCAAAAGCUGUAGGAAAGUGAGCCUGUGUCCCACUCGGCAGCAGCGCAGGUGAGCGUGGCCUGUCGCAGGAACUCGUCACUUGCUGCGCUUGAGGUCGGCGUGCGGCUCUGUGGCACAGUCCUCUCCCCAUGGCAAGGCUUGGGAUCAUCUUUCAUGUCUGCAGACAGCAUGGGCGAGGCUGACUCGCCAUUGCUGUGAGCUUUGUGUGCUGUCACGUGCACAAGCACGUUCGCGUAAACUGCUUCUGUGGCUUGAAUUAAGACCAGCUUGGCUCGGAUGGGAGCGUUUCUAAGGUGAGCACUGUCUUGAUCCUGAAUGUUUUCUCAUUGAA